AUGGAUUCUUCAUCUGCUGCGCAGCACGAUGCGCCAAUCUUUGCACUAUUCGGAUCACUGGCGUUGUCAUUCAAUGCUUCGGCCUUUGACAAGCUUUGCGCCGAUGUGAAGACUAACCCUAAUUUCCAAUGGGCAAAAGCGGCAAUUAACGAUCUUGCCCAACAAUGGAAAUCUGUUGCUACACUUGCUGGACUUGGUAGCUCGGAUACGGAUACUGGCGCUAAGGAAAUGAGUACACUGGUUGAAGCAUUCAACUCUGCUGAUGCUCGCCAAUUGCAAUUCCCCCUUUCCAACAAACUGCUGGUUCCUCUAGUGGUUUUAUAUCAACUGGAAAGUUAUGCAUCUUUCUGUACAUCUAGCAAAGUUCCAGUCGCUACUUCUGGCGUAUUAGGAUUUUGUACCGGACUACUUGGUGCCUUUGCCGUUGCAAGCUCACCGUCCAUUACCGACCUGGAAAAGUUCGGCUCUAAUGCGAUUAGACUUGGUAUGCUGGUUGGCACCAUUGCGGAUCUACCUAUUUCCGACGACAAAGGCAAUGCCAUUGGCCCAGCGAGAAGCAUCGGUACUGAGUGGAAGGACGAGGAGAAGACACGCCACCUACAUGAUAUACUGGAAAACAACAGGCCGUCGUAUAUUUCCGUGCAGUAUGAUAGCAGCAGGGCUACUAUAACGGCACCUGCAAACACGACUCCCACACUUCUUAAACAACUUCGCGAAUCCGGAAUCGUCGCGUCAGAAAUCGGACUACGAGGACGAUACCACAGCCAGCAAAAUCUUCCUCUUUUACAAACGUUGUUCGACUUUUGCGCUACUCAUCCGGCCUUUCAACUGCAAGACGCAGCGGAAACUACCAUUGCAACAUAUAACAACCAUGAUGGCUCGCCGGUCACAUCUGGGCCUCUUCAUGAACACGCGCUUCGAUCCAUUCUGGUCGACCAAUCCCUUUGGAUUGAUACGUGGAAAGGCCUCAUAGAUAGAGAGACCAUCAACAAGCAGACACGUAUUGUAUCGACAGGCUAUGAGCGCGCUAUUCCGCCGUCUCUUAUCAAGCAAUUCACCCCUCAAACAACUCAUCUUCUAGACAAGGAAAAGCUUGGUAAUGUUCGUCAGCAAGACGAAUACCUCGACACAGACAUUGCCGUUGUGGGAAUGUCGUGCAAGACUGCCGGCGCUGACAAUAUCGAUGAAUUCUGGGAAGUUCUUUCCACAGGAAAAUCACAGCAUCGCGAGAUCAAACCAGACGACAAGCGGUUUUCGUUCAAGACAUUGUUCCGAGAGGUAGACCCGAAGCGCAAGUGGUUUGGAAACUUUAUCGAUGACGUAGAUUGCUUUGAUCACAAAUUCUUCAAGACAAGUCCGCGUGAGAGCGCAACCACCGACCCUCAACAGCGCCACCUCUUACAGGUUGCAUAUCAAGCAGUUGAACAAUCUGGAUACUUUCAUAAGCAGCCUCUUAAAACGGAGAAUGCCAACAUUGGUUGUUACAUUGGCCUGUGUGGCACAGACUACGAGAACAACAUUGCCUGCCACCCUGCCAAUGCGUUUGCUGCCACUGGUAAUCUCGAGGCGUUUGCAGCAGGCAAAGUCAGUCACUAUUUUGGUUGGACUGGCCCAGCCAUGGUUGUCGAUACGGCAUGCUCAUCAUCAGCUGUGGCAAUUGACAUGGCCUGCAAAUCUAUCCUCAGUGGACAGUGCGCUGCUGCCCUUGCUGGCGGAACAGCCAUCAUGACGAGUCCCUACCGCUUCCAGAACCUUGCUGGAGCGUCGUUCCUGAGUCAGACUGGCCAGUGCAAGCCAUUUGAUAGCAAGGCUGAUGGGUACUGUCGUGGUGAAGGUGUCGGUGCUGUCUUUUUGAAGAAGAUGUCUACUGCUCUCGCUGACGGAGACCAAAUUUUUGGUGUUAUUGCCGCCAGUGGUGUGCAACAGAACCAGAAUUGCACGCCCAUCUUUGUCCCCAACUCGCCUUCUCUAUCUGAUCUAUUCCGCAACGUACUCGAUAGAGCGCAUGUCGAUGCUUCACAAGUUGGAGUAGUGGAGGCCCAUGGUACAGGAACGGCAGUUGGCGAUCCCGCUGAGUAUGAAAGUGUGAAGCAGGUUCUCGCAGUGAAGCCAAGGGAAAAGCAGCUGGUUCUUGGUUCUGUCAAGGGAUUCAUUGGUCAUACAGAGCCAACAUCCGGCGUGUUGUCUCUGAUCAAGAUCCUCCUCAUGAUGCAUCAUGGCAAAAUUCCAGCACAGGCUAGCCAUCAAACUCUGAACCCAACUAUCAAGGCUGUAAAGAGUAUCGUUGUGCCGACUUCCCCAUUGACGUGGGACUCUGAAUUCAAAGCCGCAUUGAUUAACAACUACGGUGCUUCGGGGUCCAAUGCCUCCAUGGUUGUUUUACAAGCACCAAGGGGACGUGUCGUGUCCAAGCAGAGCUCAUCCGAAAGCAAAUUGGCGUAUCCUUUCUGGAUCACCUCCCUUGAUGAGUCUGGUCAAAAGAGAAAAGCUCGAGCAUUGCUCAAGUGGCUCAGUCAAAGAUCAACAGCCUCUAUCCAGGCCGAUGAAGACGCUUUCCUAGCAAGCCUGUCCUAUAAUCUUGGACGCCAAUCCAACCGCCAUUUGCCACACAGUUUGAUGUUCAGUGCCAAUUCAUUUGCACAGCUUACAACACGUUUACAGAGCUUGGAUUCAUUGAAUGACCAGGCGUUGACUGCAAAGACCCCAACCAAGGAUGUAGUGCUUUGCUUCGGUGGUCAGGUAUCUACAUUUGUUGGGCUCGAUAAAGAUCUCUACCAUCGUGUUCCGUUGUUGAGGGGACAUCUACAGGCCGUGGAUACGGCGGCAAAGACACUUGGUGUAGAGAGCAUUUUCCCCGAUAUUUUCCAGCAAGAGGCCUUUGAUGAUCCUGUCAGACUUCAGGUUGCACUGUUUGCUAUGCAAUACGCAUGCGCCAAGAGCUGGAUAGACUCCGGCAUCAAGCCUGGCGCUCUCAUCGGUCACAGUUUUGGCGAGUUGACUGCCCUUUGUGUAUCCGGCACCUUGUCCCUUAAUGACACUAUCAAGGCAAUCGUGGCUCGCGCCGGUCUCGUCCGACACUCUUGGGGAGAGGAUAAGGGCGCCAUGAUGGCCGUAGAAGGCAGCUUGGAGACAGUUGAUGGUAUCUUACAGCAAGCAGCCAAGCUUUGCGAGGGAGAAUCCAUUGCUCCAGCGAGCAUUGCCUGUUACAACGGACCAACUAGCUUCACCAUUGCCGGCUCACAGCGAUCUGUCGAUAUCGUGGCCCAAGUUUUUAGUGAGAGCAGCGUCAGCAUGCGAACCAAACGACUAAAUGUUACAAAUGCCUUCCAUUGCAACUUGGUUGAACCUCUCAUUGAUGGACUUGGCAAGAUUGGCCACCAAGUCACUUUCCAGCGUCCACAAAUCCACUUGGAACAUGCUACUGAAAAGCCACUUGACAAGAUCUCGAAAAACUUCUUUGCUCAGCACAUGCGAUCGCCAGUCUUCUUUAAUCAUGCUCUGGCUCGUCUACAAAAGAAGUAUCCUGCUGCCGUAUUCCUCGAGGCUGGAUCCAAUUCUACUGUGACAAACAUGGCAAGUCGUGCAUUGGGCACAUCCACAGGCUCUCGCUUCCACGCUCUCAACCUUCGAAGCAACACUCAAACGGCAUGGAAUCAGCUUGUCGACGCCACUAUUGGGUUGUGGCGCGAUGGUCUACAUAUUCAGUUCUGGACACAUCACGGAGUAGCAGCGAGACAGCAACACGACGCCCUUUUGCUGCCACCGUACUCGUUUGACAAGUCGAAACACUGGCUGGAGCUAAAGGAACCUCCGGCACAGCAGGUAAUUCAAACAGAGAAGGUUGUCCAGCCGCCCAAGGAGGAACUAGUAUAUCUGGUAGAGUCCUCAAAGUCAGGCCCCAAGUAUCAGAUUAACACCCAAUCUGCUGCUUACCAAAAGCUUGUCUCUGGCCACAUAUUUGCCAGCACUGCAGCUAUUUGUCCCGCUACAGUUCAGUUUGACUUUGUCAUUGAGGCUAUUCGAAGCGUACAAGCUGCAGAUGUAGCGGAAACUUGGCAGCCACAGCUAUUUGACGUCAAAUGCCAGACGCCACUGUGCUUGGAUGAGACUCGAUCGCACUUUAUCGAAUUUCAUAACGAAGAGACCAUCAACCAAGGCCUUAGAUGGAAGUUUACCCUCUUCAGCACACAGAAAAAUGCAAAGGAUAGCGAAACUGUGUACACCACUGGCUUUAUUUCAUUACUUCCACCCGCUCAGCAACACGCUAUUGUGGAAUUCGAUCGUCUGUCGCGACUCGUCAGCCAUAAGCAGGCCCAUGAUAUGUUGUAUGGCGGAGCUGCGGUAGACGAGGUCCUCUCGAAUCGAACCAUCUACAGAAUGUUUGUCGACGUCGUGGAUUAUACAGAGGAGUAUCAAGGUAUUCAAAAGCUGUGCAGCCUUGGAGACACAUCUGCUGGUUUGGUUUCACGCAAGUCUGAGCUCAAGGGAUGGCUUGACCCGUUCGUUGCAGACUACUUUUGCCAAGUAGCUGGCAUUUGGGCUACUUGCAUGACUGACUGUGCUUCCACAGAUAUGUACGUGUGCAAUGGCGUCACACACUGGUUCCGUAACCCUCGUCUUACAAUCAAGCCGCAAGAAUUCCACGUUCUUGCACUGCACAGACGACCAGAUGCUCGAUCCAUUGUCUCGGAUAUAUUUGUAUUUGAUGCCUCAAAUGGCGAGCUUUACGAGGUAGUUACUGGACUAAGCUACUACAAAGUGCCCCGGGCCUCCAUGAGCAAGCUUCUCACUCGUCUCAGCCCACAUCUGCCUUCACAGGUGACUGGAACUUCUACUCUGGCGCCGGCAUUACCACCAGCCACAGCUCAAAAAGAGACAUCACAGCCAGAGAGGGCAUCUCCUCCUGUUGCUGUACGACCAAAAGUAGCCUCACCACCCAAGGUCCGCAAGACCGACACGGUCGAGCCGAAAAUUAAAGCAAUCGUGGCUGAACUGUCUGGCUUGGAAGCGGCCGAGAUCCAGAGUGAGAGCUCGCUUGCUGAUCUUGGCAUCGAUUCUCUUCUGGGAAUGGAGCUAUGCAGCGAAAUUGCAUCCACGUUCCAAGUGUCGAUCCCUGAUGAGGUUCUGAAUGAAAUCAUUGAUCUUCCUGGUCUGGUCAAAGUCGUGAGACAGUAUACUUCGGUGGGCGAGGACGUUGAAGAUGACAAGAUCUCAGACUCCAGCCUCUCUGAUACUAGUGGUACCAUCUCGGAUACCAGUGGCCGCCUCACUGGUAUAAGCACGCCCUCAGCAGUGCCUUCUGAGAAGGACGAUGGCGAGCUGGAACUGGAUAUCGACUCUGUUAUUCAGGCAUUCCGACAAACAAAGCAAUCGACAGAUGCCAGAAUUGUCGAGUAUGGUCAAGAAGACUAUGCUACUGUAAUUGAGCCGCUUCAGACGCAGUUCUGCGUUGUUUUGACUCUUGAUGCGCUGGAUGAGCUUGGUCAUUCUGUUCGCAACGCUACGCCAGGACAAGUGAUUGAGCGAGUACCGCAUGCUGAGCAGCAUGGACGCCUGGUAGAUGCUCUCUACGCCAUGCUUGACCAAGAAGCCGGACUGAUUGCCAUCAACGGCGCGACAAUGACACGAACAACCAAAGCACUGCCUGAACAGUCAAGCCAGGCCCUCUUUGAGCAGCUCAAGCAAUUAUAUCCUGGGCAGAGCAUGGCAGAUGAACUUACUAUGAGAACGGGCGGCCGACUUGCCGAUGUUCUCCGUGGCAACACAGACGGUAUCAAACUCAUCUUUGGCUCAGCUGAGGGACGAAAGAUGGUUUCUCACUUUUACGCCGACUGGCCGCUGCACAGACUCAUCUAUCGCCAACUAGAAGACUUCAUCACUCGUCUCACCUCCGUAGUUAAGAACGCAGGUGGCGAUGGCGUUCUAAGAAUCUUGGAAAUGGGUGCUGGCACUGGAGGCACAACGAAACUCCUUCUCCCCAUCCUCGCGGCAGCAGGCAUCCCCGUCGAAUACACAUUCACUGAUCUAGCACCGUCAUUUACCGCUGCAGCACGCAAAACAUUCAGCAGCACCUACCCAUUCGUCAAGUUCCGCACACACAACAUUGAAGACGCACCACCUGACGAUCUAAUCGGCACACAGCACGUCAUUGUCUCAAGCAAUGCCGUCCACGCCACGCGCGACCUGUACUCCUCCACAGGUAACAUUCGCAAAGCACUCCGCAACGACGGUAUGCUGCUGCUUGUAGAGAUGACAAGCCGCGUCUGGUGGAUGGAUCUCGUCUUUGGCCUCUUUGAAGGCUGGUGGCUCUUUGACGACGGCCGCGAGUACGUCGUCCAGACCGAGCAGCAGUGGUCUAGCGUGCUGCAAUCCUCAGGCUACGGCCUUGUUGACUGGACAGACGGCGCACGACCAGAAAAUAAGCUCGAACGACUCAUUGUCGCUUUCGCUGCUCCGUCAACAAGGUACGCACAUCUCCCAAUUACCCCGCCUGUGUCCAAGGUUCCGUGUGCUGACCUUGAUACCCGCCAAGCCGCCAUUGACAAGUUUACGGCUGAGUUUACUGCCGGGUUUGACGAGUCUCUUGAAGAGGCAGUAACCAAAGUCGGGGGUGAAGCGGGACGGCGUACAGAGGGGAAAUGUAUUGUGGUGACGGGGUGUACGGGCAGUUUGGGGGCGCAUCUGGUGGCUCAAUUGGCGGAGAGAGAGGAUGUACGAGAAGUUGUGUGUUUGAAUCGCCCGAAAAGGGGAUAUGACGAUGACAAGAGGCGUCAAAUCGAGAGUUUUGAGGACAAGAAAAUCCAGUUAGCUUCUGAAGCAGCUGCCAAGCUGACGACAUACGCGACAGACUUGGGCAAACCGAAUCUUGGCCUGUCACAGUCUACAUACGACCGCAUUGCGGCAGCAGCAACACACAUUAUUCACAAUGCAUGGCUGAUGAACACAAAGUGGCCACUGACAAGAUUUCAACCGCAACUCCAGAUUAUGAAGAAUAUGAUUGGUCUGGCUGUCGAUGCUUCUGCGCACGCAGGCAAGGCAGAAAAGGUCACAUUCCAGCUCGUCUCGUCCAUUGCGGCCGUGGGACACUGGCCGGUCUGGUCUGGUACCGCAGUCGCACCUGAAUCCAGACUCACUGUCGACUCUGUGUUGCCCAUUGGAUAUGGUGAUGCAAAGCAUGUUUGUGAGAGGAUGCUCGACGCCACUCUCCAUCAGCAUCCAGACCGUUUCCGCAUCAUGGUUGUGCGUCCAGGUCAGAUUGCAGGACACAGCACUAGCGGCUACUGGAACACAGCAGAGCAUAUUUCCUUUUUGAUCAAGUCUUCGCAAUUUCUCGGUUCGUUGCCGCAUAUCCCUGGACAUCUUGCUUGGGCGCCAGUGGACGGUGUCGCUGGGACUGCUAUAGACUUGUUGUUUACUGAGGCGCCGCGGGCAGUAUACCAUAUUGAUAAUCCGCAAAGGCAAUCGUGGCUGGACAUGAUACAGAUGCUUGCCCAAGAGCUAGACAUACCUAAAGGCAAGAUUGUCGCCUUUGAUGAGUGGGUGUCUCUUGUGCGGGAUGGUGCAAAGGGUGGUGCGGACACAAGGAAUCCAGCGGCGAUGCUGGCAGACUUUUUCGACGUUGAGUUUCUGCACAUGUCGACGGGUACUCUGAUCUUGGGUACAGAUGAAGCGUGUAGGCAUUCUCCUACGCUGGCCAAGAUGAAGCCUGUAAGCCAAGAGAUUGUUCGUCUUUAUGUGCAGCAGUGGAAAGACAGGGGAUUCCUCGAAUAA